AUGUAUUAUCAUUAAGUGUUGAAUACAAAUCAAAGUCAAGCAUUUGUAAGUACAAUAAAUACUGAAAGAACAAGAUGUCAAACUUAACAUUAUAAAGAGAAUUCUAAAUAAUUUCUCUAUUAAUAACCAAUUUAAUAGCAAUAGUAAAACUUGAAUGAAUAGUUAUUAAUAUAAAAUUAAAAGGUAUUAAAAUAUAAUGUAUAAUAUUAGUUAAGUGAUUAAAAUAUUAGAUUAUAAAAUGAAUGUAAGAGAUUAGAAUAUCAUUUGAAUUUAAUUUAACAGAAUUUUUAGCAAUUAAAAUAAUUGUAUGAUUAAGAUUAAUUGGAAAUGCAACGUUUUACAUAUUUUUGUCAUUAAUAAUAAUAAGAACAUAAUUCAAUGUAAACAAGAAUAUUAGAUUUGGAAUAAGAGAACUUUUAACUUCAUCAUGAAAUAGAUCAUUAUAAGAAAAAUUUAAAGGAUUAAGAAUUUAUGGAGAAUUAAAGAAGAGAAAUUAUGAUUGGUUAAUAGAAAUUGAUAGAACUUUAAGAAGAAAUGAAAAAAGAAGUAGAAUAAAUAAGACAUGAUCCUUUAAUAGAAAUCUUAGAAUCUUGGAGAGAUCGAGCCUUAAAAUCAUGCACCUAUAGUAGUUAAUAAAAACCAAUUAAUAAAUUAAAUACAACAAAAGAAAAAUAUUAGAAAUUGAGCAGAUUAACAAUGCAAGCAGCUGAAUUAUUAAGUUUUAAAUUAAAUUAUAAAUGA